CAAAGCCCUCUGUUCCUGCUGGUGAAAUAAAGCAGUACCCCUCCACCGACUCUGGAGAGAUGGCACCCACAAAGGAGGAGGUGCCAGAGGCAUUUAGAUCCUAUUCUGUAUCCGGGACCUCUCCAAACUUGGCUUUCGUGCCAGCCUGUCUUCCCCCAGGUCCUGUGGAAGUAGAGGAGCUGCAGCGCUUUGUUUCUAACUCCAAGAGGCUCUUUGUAAUGACUGGAGCUGGAAUCUCGACCGAAUCGGGGAUCCCAGAUUACCGCUCCGAAGGCGUCGGGCUCUACGCCAGGACAGACAGACGGCCCAUCCAGCACGCUGAGUUUGUUCGUAGUGCCAGUGCCCGGCAGCGGUACUGGGCAAGGAACUUUGUGGGGUGGCCCCAGUUCUCCUCCCACCAGCCAAACACAGCACACCUGGUACUAAGAGACUGGGAGAAGCUGGGAAAGCUGCACUGGCUGGUGACCCAGAACGUGGAUGCCCUCCACACCAAAGCCGGGAGCCAGCGCUUGACAGAACUGCACGGGUGCAUACACAGGGUUUUUUGCCUAGACUGUGGAGACCACAUCUUACGCUCUGAGCUUCAGGAGCACUUUGAAGCUCUGAAUCCUACCUGGAAAGCUGAAGCCUUUGGUGUGGCUCCGGAUGGGGAUGUCUUCCUGACAGACGAGCAGGUGCACAAUUUCCAAGUCCCAGCCUGCCAUAAAUGUGAUGGAGUCCUGAAGCCCGACGUGACGUUCUUUGGAGACACGGUGAGCCACGAAAAAGUGAAUUUUGUGCACCAACGCCUGGCGGAAUCGGACUCCAUGCUGGUGGCAGGAUCUUCUAUGCAGGUAUACUCUGGUUACAGGUUUGCUCUCGCUGCUCGGGAGAAGAAGCUGCCAAUUGCAAUCCUAAAUAUUGGGCCUACAAGAGUAGAUCACUUUGCGUCCCUAAAACUGAAUGCCCGCUGUGGAGAGCUGCUGCCUUUGAUUGCUGCACAUGACCCAGCAAGCUGA